AUGAAGUGUCCCAUAAAAGGAGAACUUCCACAGUCCUGUUUCUUCUGUGUUUGUUUCCACAGCCGGUUCAUCCUGCACAUUCCCAGUGAGGAAAGGGACAAUGCUAUCCGAGUUUGCUUCCAGAUCGAGCUGGCCCACUGGUUCUACCUGGACUUCUGCAUGCAAAACACUCCAGGAGCUCCUCACUGUGGGAUAAGAGACUUUGCCAAAGCUGUAUUCCAUCACUGUCCGUUUCUGUUGCCUCGUGGAGAAGAUGUGCAGAAAGUUCUCGAGCAAUGGAAGGAGUACAAGAUGGGCGUGCCCACUUAUGGUGCAAUCAUUCUAGAUAAAGCCCUUGAAAACGUACUGCUUGUUCAGGGCUACCUUGCAAAAUCUGGCUGGGGCUUUCCAAAGGGGAAGGUUAAUGAGGAUGAAGCACCAUAUGACUGUGCAGUUUGUGAAGUGUUAGAGGAGACGGGCUUUGACAUCAAAAAUCGCAUCUGCAAGGAUGCGUACAUAGAGCAGAAAAUCACUGACCACCUGGUGCGGCUCUACAUCAUACCAGGAGUGUCUAAGGAUACAAAGUUCAACCCCAAAACUAGAAAAGAGAUCAGGAACAUUGAAUGGUUUCCUAUUGACAAGCUGCCCUGUCACAGGAACGACAUGACCCCAAAGUUGAAACUUGGACUUGCCCCAAACAGAUUUUUCAUGGCCAUUCCAUUUAUAAGACCGCUGCGAGAUUGGAUUAGCCGGAGGAAAGGCGAAUCAACAGACAGCGAUGAAGACUUCACAAACACCAGCAACACUCGAUCAAAAUCCCGUCACCUCACAGGUACUGAUGCAUUUCCAGGAGAGGGCUGGAUAAAACACAAGCAGCAGAAGACUCUGGGCCAGUUAAGCCAGUUUGACCUGAGCCAGGUUAGAAAAAGCCUACAGUCAGUCACUUUGUGACAGCAGCAUAUUACUUUGGCAAAUAAGUAAAAAUGAGGGAAAGACACUAUCAGUAAGGAUUCAUUCAACCACUCUCCCGAUAAGUAAUGUAGUUCUCACCAAGUCCAGUGACAAUGCUCAACACUAAGUA